UUCAGUAUGUCCGUACGGCGCACAGUCUUUAAAGCAAAUAGCAUUGAACUUUUGCAGACUACCGAGAAUUCCAAUUUCGGUGUAUGUACCUACAUAAAAUGGUUGCAUGAUGUACGCGAUAGCUUCUGUAGCUAGCUAUGGAAGCACGUGUCACAAGUUCACACGCAUAUACCCACUAUAGCAACAGGAAAGGAUGGACAUCUGUCAGCAUUUGCGAAGUCACCCAAUGAAAUAUAAAUGAGUGUACAAACUGCCGUAAAUUUAUUCGCACCAAAUAGAGUUGAGUGAAAAAAAAAUCCAAUCCUACCUAUACUAUUCUAUGUAGCAAACUGUACAACAGGAGAUGACAACCUUCCUGGGACGGACUUUCAAUAUGUUGCAAAGCUCUGGACUAAGACGAUUUACUGAGCGUAGGUCCAGGACCGGCCCCGCUGGAUGAUAUGGCUUAGAACAAACAAGACAGAUGGGAACGGUUACACAUGUAAUAUGAUUUUCCCUGCCGGCAGGUGUCUGUUCCUUUCUGGCUUUCACUACUUGUUAUGUAAGCAUGCAGUGAUAGCUCAGCGCAGAACGAACAGACACAUCUCAACUUCUUAUCUGUGACUUUUGACAUAGGCGUGUGUCGUUGCUGUGGCGGGAGUGGAAAUUAAUCGAUUGACCUUUUUGACACCGUUGGCUAAUCUUUUUGUCAUCUACUUGAACAUGAUACUUGUUAUGUUUAACUUUAGAGUUGAAAGGGUGCGAUCAGCUCCAUUUACGUUUUAAAUCCCUUUGUUUUGUGUAACAUCUGACCCUAAACAAGUACACAAUGCUAGAAUAAUAAUUUACAAUAAUACAGAUCUUCUCUUACUAUCAAAUAGUGACCUUCACUCCGGGCUCCAUUGUAUACGAAGCUACACGCGACGCUGCAUGAACAUACACCAGAGGGAUCACUUCAACAAGCUAUACCACGGCACCAAUGAGGUCAUCCAUGAGCUGUGCGAAGAAGGAUCGUAUCAGGAAGGCACACUUUCUUAGACAUGCACCCUGCAUGAGACACGUGAAAAAAGACUACGAAGUGUGUGCGGUCAGCUAUCAGAGCACAAUGGCCAAAAUUGGACAAACGGUGGCCAGCAGCAGUACAUCGAGGCCCCCCACCCAGCCGACACCGAAUGCUGCCAUGUCGCUCUCAAUGAAUGACAUGCAGCAGGAGCAGCAGCAGAACCAGCAGUCUCAUCAUCGCCAGCAGCGGAACUACACGAAAAGUGCUGAGGAUGCGGAAGAGGAGCGACUCAAAACUGUUUGCUGUGCAUUCCACAAGUACAUGCAGUGUUCGGAGUUCACCGUUCGUCACGCUUGCGGAGAUGAAACAGCACUCUUCACACGGAAAUUCCUCGACAAGAUGUCCAACACACUGAUGAGGAUGCACUGUGUCGAUUACACACCGGAAAGCGGAAAAUGCCGGGAUUAUUUCAGUUCACACGCGACACGUGUCCGGAUGACCACCUUCACGCUGCUGUUCAAUAUUCUAGUGGUCUUCCUCGUUGCAAUGGCAGGUCGCGUGCUCAACUCCAGCAGACUAAUUUAAUCGGUUCUGCACCUAGGACUGGCCCUUGGGCGAAAUAAUAGUGCUACGAGCUACUAACACAACACUAUCCAAUAGAAUGGCAUGGCAUGAGUUUAGUGCAAUAGUUGUACGAGGAAAUACCCAUUUGUGAUCGCAUUGUCAUGUGUGCGAAUGAAGCGAUUGAGUGAGAUGGGCACGCGUGUGAGAUGGGGUAGACGUUGAAUAAAUAAAUUAUGUAAACAAACAAAAAGCUGUUUGAAACGCACCGGGAAUGACUUUGGUGCGUCGAUACAUACUGUAUAUAAUUGUUGAAAAUUAAUUCGUUUUUGUUAUCCCUGGAAAUAUAUGUUGACGCAUUCUGUUAGAAUAAAAGCAUUAUUUUAUUAUUUUUAUGAUAGGACUUAUUUUGUGCGGGCUCGAUAUUCUAACAGCACUUAUUUACUCAUCAACAUUAAUUUGUUUUGUUCUAUAGAAAUGACCAUUUAAUCUUGGCUGACUUAUAGUUCAAAGUAGUUAACACCUGUAAAAGAAGGUGUUCGAAAUAUGUUUAUUGACAGGCAAUAGACUUUUCCCGUGAAACAAUCUCAUUUUUUUCAUCGAAGUGGAGUCUUUUUUAUAGUUUUGAAUGAUUUUUCAAAAACACACCUCCAAGAAUUUCGUCAUCACAUUUUGCGAAUUUAUCACCUUAGGAUUUCAAGGCAACGUACGAUUCACUGAAAUAAAUCGAAUUUUUAACAAAAUAUGCAAUGAAUAACGAGCUCCACCAUGCAUAUAAAAAUACUGAUAAUACCGGUGAAGAGACAAGGCAAAGUGAUGAAAGAGAGCAGGAGGCGGAUUUUCGGCCACUACUGUAUCGUUGAUCCACCUACUCUGUUAGCUUGCGUGAAAGCAGUUUUUAUUUUAUAUUUAAAAUAAGUGGAGCGCGAUUUUUGAAAGAUAAUAUCAGAAAGUAGAAAUAGUCAAAACUGUAUUUGACUGAUCAUAAAAAAUAAUUAUAGCAAAAUUAAAAAUGGACUAGGUUUGACGGGAUUGGUUUGUUGUUACAAAUAACACUUUUAAUUAAUUUCCUCAUAAUUUCGCAAUGAGCAAAAAAUCUAUAUCGAAAUACUUUUGUAGUUAUACAGAUUGAAAUUAAUCAGUUUCGCAACAGCAUUUAAAGUAUCUGUAUCAUAAAGCAGCAAAUGAGCACCGCAAUAAAAUAUAUAUCAAUUUGGACUGGUAUUACUUUAAAUUAGAAAUAUUACACUUUUGUUGAAAUUGUGAAACCUGUGUUUAAAGCUUCAGAUUUAUUCUAUCAUAUUUGCGAACAUCACCUGAAAACGAGCAGAAACGAGGAGCGUAUGCAGAAGUGUACACCCGCUGCGGGGUGUUUAUGUGUGAAGCAAGCGGAAGGAACAUGUUUCAUUUAAAAUCAGCCCUGUGAAUAAUGGGAAAAUGUUGAAAGCUAGCCAUAAUUUUAAUGAACAAAUAAAAGCACAUUAUGAACAAA